AUGAAUAAUUCGCUCGUUUCCUUCCUGGAGAGGAGAAAAAAGAGUACCGUAAAGACGGCGACGUUGCUGCAGCAGACCGACGAGGUUAGCCAGGACGAGAAGUCGGAAUUCAACUCUGACGAGGCCUUUGACGAUAAUUCCGAACAUGACGACGAAUGGAAGGUUUCGGACGACGAGGUUGGCUCUGGGUUCCAGGCCACUCCAGCAGUAGGCGCAGGCUUGAUGAAGAUCGUACAGACGGUGGCGUGCGACGAACAGGACGAGAAAAGCACAAAUAACGAGCAAAAGGUUUCACAUCAAGUGUGGCCCAGGAAAGAAGAGGAAACCGUGAAGGAGGAGGCUCAGCCUGCCGAAGAGCCGUCAAAAAUUUGGGUUCCAAAGUUUAAAUCGGCCAUGCAGAGCACUUUUGUGAACAAGAAUGAUGAUAUUGACCUUGCAGAGUCAGCUAAAUUGGCCUUUGCCAAAUCGGAAGCGGCACUGGCUGCCAAGAAGACUAAAAAGAAGAAGAAACCGACCUCGAUGCCGGAGGAAGACGAGGAAACUUCAUUUGUAAAGAUAAAGUUUGACAUUUUUUCCAUUAUGGAUGAAAAGUACGCAAAGUUUAACGGUUCUACUCAUACAAUGGAUGAGGAAUUGGUAAAGAGCAAGUAUGUCGAGAGGGGACAAGUUAGAUGA